UGCACGAGGCAUUCAUUAUUCUUACUGUCAAUCAGUACAAACGAAGAGGCGAGCAACACAUUUGAGCCGCAGUACAUUCAUGAAACCCCUAUCUGCAUGGGCGGAGGCGAGUUAAUACGAACUUAUUUCAUGCUUUGGGACGUGUAUUAUCUUCAAGAUGCAGCAUUUGUGCAGCAUUCGUUCAACGCGAGGGAGGUAGACCCGUGAGAAACACGAGUAGCGGUAUUUUUGGAUCUGAAUCGAUCUGAGGCGUUGGCACCAAUUGCAAUGCAUGAGCCAACCCUCAUCCAAUCCCCAAACCUCCGCAAAUUUUCUCAACCUAGCAAGCAAGUGACUCUCCCAUCCAACACUUACAUCCUCUCCCUCGCGUCUCUCCCUACUCGCUACGCAAUUUCCACCUCCUCGCCUUCCUCCGAUACUAUCCAACUCUUUGACAAAUCUACACUAACACCCCUUUCAAAAUUCGACGGCCAUCAGGGUGGAAACACUUUUCUUCGCGUCGUCGAUCGAUUUGCAGGUGAAGAACGAAAAACCCUCAUCUCAUCCGGUAAAGAUGGGUUCAUCAAAGUAUGGGAUGAAAGAUCCAAAUCAUGUUCUAUCAAGUUAUCGAAUACAUCGAAUGACUUAUCAGUACUCUCUUUUGACGUUUCCCUGGAUGGUCUUUUGGUCGCGGGAGGUACAGCAUUACAAGGAGAGGACGCUUUGAUUCUGUAUUGGGACCCACGCAAACCUACUAAACCCAUCCGAACACACAGCUCUACCCACUCGGACGAUAUAACCUGCCUUCACUUCCAGAAACAAACCACACAAAUCCGAAACCUCCUCCUUUCAGCCUCCUCAGAUGGUUUAAUCUCCACUUCCGACGCAGACGAAGACGACGAAGACGAAGCAGUCAUUCACGUUGCAAAUUGGUUGGGGUGUAGCAUUUCCCAAGCUGGCUGGUUAUCAUCUACUAGUACUUCAAAUUCCAAAUCGAAGGUGGCCGGGAUCUGGGCAGCUAGUGAUAUGGAAACGUUUAGUACUUGGACUGAUGAGCUCGACCCACUCCAAUCUCUCGAUUUACGUGCACCGUCUGUGCAUACUCAAGAUCGGACGUGGGUCUCGGAUUAUUUAAUUGCCUGUGAUAUAAGUAACAAUAGUAACGAGCUAAUGAUGUUCAUGGGCUCAAAUGAGGGUGAUAUUGCAUCGAUCAAAAACCCAACGCUGGGUAUACCAGACUCUGAUAUGGGUUCCAAGGCAUGGUCAUGGACACUUCAAAAUUUGUGGACACACGGCCAUAAGGAAAUCGUACGGUCUGUGCUUUGGGAUGAAAAGAACGGCGCUCUACUCACCGGAGGAGAAGACGGGAAAUUAAACCUAUGGUCCGGAUUUAACCCUGAGAAUCAAGGAGACGAUAUUGAUAUGGACGAAUCGUCGAUGUCAAGUCCUGGAAGAAGGAAGCGUGAAUACGAAGGUGACGGUGAUAUGGACGUGGAUGAGGAGGGCAGUCGGAAGCGGAGACGAUAGCAAUCAACGCAUGGCAUCGUCAACGAGCGGCAGGCUACUAUAGCCAUACAAUUCAAUUCCUUUGCUCGCACCUAUCCACUUUUACAGACAUGUCGGGAGCACUCAUACUCGUACUCGGACGCUGCUCGUCGUUGAGAACGGCGGGGCACUGCGCUUCCAAAGGUCCAAUCGUAUUGAAUGACCAAGAAAAGAACCAUGUUUGUAGGUAACACACGAAAGCACGAGUUAAAGAAAAAGAAGGCCUAUCAGAAUUUACGUGCAAAUACCAUUUUGAUAAAAUAAAUACUGAAGCGCGAGCUUGUGAAAAUCCGAAUUACCGGGUUCCACGAGAUUACAACGGUUCCAUGACGAUGUAUUCACGCUUGUUGUCCACAGGGACAUGAUCCCCGUCCCCCCACAGUGACCCAAACCAUUCACCGACCACAGACCGAGUGGCUUCCGCAUCCUGAACAGCAAAAUCCAGAUCCAAAUGAGGUCGGUGUGUAGCCAUCUUAUGGGCGACUAAGUGGCAGAUCAUUACAAAGCAAAUCACCAACAACAAGAGCGCUGUUCGCGUUUUGAACGAGAACAGCGUGGAUGAGAGUCGUUCGCGAAGCGAGGGUUUAGAUGGUGGUAAGGGUGGGGCGAGGAACGCUAUUGAGAAACGAUGUUCUGCUGAAGGUGACGACGGAGUGACGAUGAUCGCAGGGAGGGGUGAUUUUUCGGUCAUAUGAGGUAGGGAUAUAU